CACCCUAAAAAAUUCCUUACAAAACGGAGCCUCUUUAUCCAACAAAAUCUUAUCCACUUCUCCCCCUUUCUUUCUCCUUCUAUAAAACCCCUUUCUCACUCUACAUUUCAACACUUUUCUCACUCCAUAAUUAGCAAACUCAACAACAAAAACCCCAAUUUUCGUUCCUGAAUCUAAACCCACCCCUUCGCCUUAAAAAAACGAAGUUCAACAAAGACAAAAAAAAAAACAGAUUUAAUUUCUUUUAGUGAUAUAAUUUUCUCUAAAAAAAAUCGGCGAUAAAUCGAGAAAAAUGAGUUUCUUAGACAGGCUAUGGGAUGAAACAUUAGCCGGACCGGCACCGGAAAAGGAUAUAGGUAAACUCCGUAAGUAUAAAUCAUUAUCAGCCGCCCGAUCAGCCGAUCAUCCCAUUGUUGACACUAAUUAUAAUCACCGGGAUGAUCGAACGGUCCCGGUUUCUCGUAGUAUCACUAUCCUACGUACCAAGAGCCUCACUGUUGAUCAUGGAUCUGCUGCUUCUUCCCCUUCUUCUCCCUCUAGUGGGACCUCCUCUCCUUUUUCACCGGGGUCGAUGGGUAAGAGUCCGGACGCGAAGAGACCAUUUACCAGGAAAAAGCCGACGUUUCAAGCGUCGGAAUGUGCCGAACCGACGACUCCUACCGUUUAUGAUUGGAUCAUGAUAAGUGCCUUGGAUCGUUGACUACAAUGGAGAAUCGCAUUACUUUCUAUAGCUGCCUGCUGGCCUACCGGAAAUAAUCCCUCUAUAUAUACAGAGUUACAAAAUCUAUCUUACAUCCGGAAACAUUUAGAGUAUGAAUAUUCUCUACGGAGUGGUAUUUAUUUAUAAAUGUAACGGGUCGAUCUUUAUAAAUAAGUAUUGAUCCGUACGGAGUUCCUAACUAGUAUGAAGUUUAUUAACUUAAUCUUGGUAUAAAUUAAGAUGGAGUUUCUCUAUAAAUAUUAGGAUUAAUAAAAAAGAUGGUUGACCCUUCAAGCUUUAUGCAGCCAUUUGGUUUAUGGGCUUCUGAUAGGAAAGAACAAAUGUGGCCUUGUUCUUCAUUUUUCUUUUUCUUUCUAGUCUUUAUUGUAAGAAAUGGGGUCAUUUGUACAUAUUUUAUGGACCCCCUUUGAAUUGUAUUCCAUGAAUGUCUCUUUCCUUUAGGUGUUGAAAAGAUGUGGUGUACUAGUGUUGGUAGACUAUUGUAGAUAUGUUGUACGAGUAGUCUGGUAACAUUUUGUACACCUUCUUUAAUUCUAAUGGAAGCCCACAAUUCUAUC